AUGGAGGACUUGAGAUCAAAGUCAUACAAUGAUUCAAGAAUGCAAGUGGUAGACACAUACAACGGCUUCUCCAACCCCAACCCGGGUGGGCCUCAAGAUCUCCGAUGCUACAGCGCUUCCUAUGCAUAUUCAAACAACAAUACGCAGGCGAAGACGGGUGGUAGGGACGCGAAUUUGAAGAAGGGAUGGGUGUUGGGUGACCCAGAAUUGCAGAGGAAGAAGAGGGUGGCUAGCUAUAAGGCGUACGCUGUAGAGGGGAAACUCAAAGGCUCGAUUAAGAAGAGCUUUAGGUGGAUUAAAGAGAGGUAUACUCAAGUAGUCUAUGGCCGGAGAUGA